AUGGAUGGGGUAGAUAAUAUCCUAAAUGAUAUCAUUCAAGAUACUUUACCUUUAAAUAAUAUAAAAGUAAGAAAGAAGCGAUGUUACACGGAAAGAAAAUGUGAAGAAGGGCACGAGCGCAUAUGGAAUGAUUAUUUCUCCAGCAACCCGGUACACAACGCACGACAAUUUCGCAGAAGGUUCAGGUUGAUAAAAGAGUUAUUCCUUCGCAUCGUCAAUGCUCUCAAAAAUCAUUCUGACUAUGUUACACAAAGAUUUUAUGCGCUUGGUAGAAGCUCUCUCAGUCCACUUCAAAAAUGUGUUGAUGCCAUUCGAUUGUUGGCUUAUGGAGUGGUUGGUGAUGCUGUAAAUGAAUAUGUGUGCAUUGGUGGAAAUACAGCGAUACAAUGCUUAAAGAAAUUAUGUAAGUGUGUCAUCGAGAUAUUUGAACCUGAAUACUUGAGAAGGCCAACUAUGGAUGACAUUCAACCAUGGCAAGGUCAAUACACUGGGGGUCAUCAAGGUGUACCAACUAGAGUAUUGGAAGUUGUUGCUUCAUCUGAUUUAUGGAUUUGGCAUGCAUAUUUUGGUGUUGCAGGUUCUAACAAUGACGUUAAUGUACUAGAUUGA